CUAAAAACAUGAGAAUUAAUAUUGUGACUGUUAUUAUUUUACAAAUACAAAGACAUUUUCGUCGUAAGAGCUAAAUGUCCAGUUCGUACAGCGUCCAGCUUUUUAAUAAAUUGCGUAAAAUAUGCUUCAGAUAUGAGUUUAGUAUAAACAGACUAGUGAAGGUCGUGGUUUGCGUAGACAACGCGCCGGGGAAGUUGGCAAACGAGGUGCGCGCGUCUCUCGUGACGCGGCGACUUUUCCGCGAGCCCUGCGCGUCCGCCGCUCUCAGUCACCACCGGUAACGCUCGAGGAUAUGCCCGUGUUAUGGAUUACCAAUGCAUCGUCGUCUACACCGUUAUCAACAUUGCACCGCCGCGUCUCACAUCGCAAGCGGCCGAUCUAUCCAACGGAUGCAUUGCUUGGUUCAAAAAUAAGCUUAAAAGAGCAGUAGCAGUAUACCUCGAAUCGCUUAAACUAACUCCAGGGAAUGGAUUUGUACACGGCACUUUAGCUUGUGUCUAUUAUAAACAGGGUCUUAUAGACCUGGCAAUAGAUACCUAUAAGCGAGCUAUAGAACUUCAACCCAAUUUUCCUGAUGCCUACUGUAAUCUUGCUAAUGCACUUAAAGAGAAAGGUCUUGUCACCGAGGCGGAAGAUUGUUAUAAUGCAGCUUUGCGUUUAUGUCCAUCGCAUGUUGAUACAUUGAAUAAUCUCGGCAAUGUUAAAAGGGAACAAGGAAAAAUUGAAGAGGCAACUGCUUUGUACAUGAAAGCAUUAGAAGUUUUUCCUAAUUUCGCUGCCACGCACAGCAAUUUGGCAUCUUUAUUACAACAACAAGGUAAACUACAUGAGGCCUUAAUGCAUUACAGGCAGGCUAUUAACAUACAACCAAAAUUUGCUGAUGCAUAUAGUAACAUGGGAAACACUUUAAGAGAAUUACAAGACAUAGGAGGUGCUUUAGUAUGUUUCAAAAAAGCGAUUGAACUCAAUCCCACCUUUGCUGACGCAUAUUGUAAUUUAGGAAGCAUUUUAAAAGAUAUGGGUAAAAUAUCGGAAGCUAUUGCAUGCUACGAAAAUGCUUUAAAAAUAAAGCCGGAUUUUCCUGAUGCCUAUUGUAACUUAGCGCAUUGUUUUCAAUUGAUAUGCAUUUGCGAUUACUACGAUGAACGAAUGAAAAAUAUAAUAGCAAUUGUGGAACAGCAAUUACUUUCAGAAAAACUACCAUCGAUUCAUCCUCACCAUUCCAUUUUAUAUCCAUUAUCAAACAAAGCGAGAAAAUCAAUUGCAGAAAGGCAUGCUAAUUUAUAUAUAGAAAAAGUAAAAAUGGUCGACAAUCCUACUUUUACUUAUAACGUAUUAAACGCUGGUCGAAUACGUAUUGGUUACGUAAGUAGCGAUUUCGGAAACCAUCCUACAUCUCAUCUAAUGCAGUCUAUACCAGGAUUGCAUGAUCAAUCUAAGUUUGAAAUAUUUUGCUAUGCUUUAAAUCCAGACGAUGGUACAACAUUCCGUAGAAAGAUAGUUCAAGAAUCGGAGCAUUUUGUUGAUCUAUCUCAAAUAACGUCCAAUGUAGAAGCAGCAAAAAAAAUUAAUAAUGACAAUAUACACAUUUUAAUAAAUAUGAAUGGUUAUACUAAGGGAGCAAGAAACGAAAUUUUUGCUUUAAAACCAGCACCGAUUCAAGUUAUGUGGCUAGGAUAUCCCGGAACUAGUGGCGCAAAUUAUAUGGACUAUAUUAUAACUGACGAAACGUCGUGUCCUAUAUCUGCUGUUAAUGAUUUUAGCGAGAAGUUCGCUUACAUGCCUCAUACUUACUUUGUCGGUGAUCAUAAGCAAAUGUUUCCGCAUUUAAGAAAACAAUACAAAGUAAGAAUUACUGAUGAUGAAAUGACUGAUGAUAUUAAAACAAUAAUGAAUGUACCAGAGAAUGUGGACAUCAAUCAAAUGUUUCUUGUUAGUGAAGAGAAGCAUUGUAUAACAUUCGAGAACUUAAAACCAAUAAAUAUAGUUGAAAAUAUAUUAUACAUUCCGAAACAAGUAUCUGAAAUAAUAGUAAAUUCAUCUUUAAACAAGAUUGAUGUAAAUGGAAAAAAUAUUUACAAUGGUAAAUUAAUAAAUGCUGGUAAUGAAAGGAUGGGAUCAGGACAGGAAGUUGUUGACAAUAUAAUAUUUUCUUCAAGGAAGCAAUAUGGACUUCCAAAUGAUGCGAUAGUUUAUUGUAAUUUUAAUCAGCUAUAUAAGACUGAUCCUAAAAUUUUGGAGACAUGGGUUGAAAUACUAAAAAUGGUGCCAAAUAGUGUUCUCUGGCUUUUAAGCUUUCCACCUGCCGGUGAACCAAAUAUCUUAAGAUAUGUACAGAGCUUAGGGUUAUCCCCCACACGUGUGAUAUUUUCUAAAAUAGCAUGUAAGGAAGAGCAUGUUCGGAGGGGUCAAUUGGCUGAUGUAUGUUUAGAUACACAUUUGUGUAACGGACACACUACAGCAAUGGAUAUUUUGUGGGCGGGUACACCAAUAGUUACGUUACCUGGGGUGACGUUAGCAUCACGAGUUGCUGCCUCGCUGUUAAAAACCCUUAAAUGUCCUGAACUAAUUGCUAAAGACAGAAGCAAUUACGUGAAUAUUGCAGUCGAACUUGGUAGAAAUAAAGAUUAUCUCCGAUAUGUUCGAGCGAAGGUUGCUGAUGCUCGUUUACAUAGCACUUUAUAUGAUUGUAAAUAUUAUGCGAAUGGAUUGGAAUCAUUAUAUAUCAAGAUGUGGGAGUUAUAUAAAAGUGGAAAAAAUGCCAUUAAUUUGAAAGCAUUCCAAUAAAAAUUCAUAGAAAGCGGAUUUGCUUAUGCAAAA